GUUCUAGGUGCCCAGCAUCGUAUUUUCAUUUAUUUAUGUUGCUUCCUCGCUGUCAGUAUUGUCCACACUAAGGGCUCAGGAAGAACAGUAGUUUGAGCUGCAAUUUAAUUCCCUGUAGAUGGAGAUUUGCUGUGACAGAAAUGCCUGUCGUUCUGGCAGUCUCUCACAUCUGCUGGAGGCAGAAGAGUAUGUGAAACAAUAACUCUGCCAGCAGAUGUGGUUCUGUAGGGACAGUAGUGUCUGUGGUACGAAAAUUCUCUCCCAAAAUACAGAUCUGUGGGGACAGUAAGCGUCUGUGUCAGUGACAACUUUGCAGCAUCUGCUGGGACAGUAAUGUCUGUGAUACAUAAAUGCAUCUCUGCAUCUGCUGGGUUACUCAGAGAGAGAUGUAUUGUAUAUAUCCAGUUUUAGAUGUGAAAAUCUCCUUCACUUGCCUUUAAUUUAGGGGAUUUGUUUGAUUCUUCUUCCCACAGAGUUAGUAAGAACCACCUUAUACAAGAAGAACUAAAGGUAUGUGUGAGUCUUUUGCAUGUAGGACAAACAUUGCCACAUCUCAGCUGCCAAAAAAUACUGCUACAUUUUCUCCUACCAUAGUAUUAAUCAUUAAUGGCUUUGUUCUCAAUGAACAGCCUGAGUAUCUUCAAUGAUGCUCUUGUGAGUGCUAAUGCUUUGUGGUUGCAGUGAGAACAUCACAUGAGCAAUGUGUUUGUUCAGAGCAGAGAUGCACCACAAACACAGUGUUCUGAUCCAGACCAGACUUCAAACAUUCCCAAGUACAGAUGUGUGCAGAUAAAGAUUUUAAUUUGGCCUCAUCCCUAGGUUAGGCACUGCACCCAGGUUAGGAAGGAUUGCACUGGAGACAGUCGAUUUUUGAGCAGCAGCAACUCCAUUCAGAUGUCAGGGUAUUUUGCUACAACAAAGGCUGAUGUUGGCAUUUUUUCUUAGAUAGAGACAGAUGCAAGAGCUUCUGCCUCAAGGUUAUCCAUUAUACAGUAUAUUAACUAGAUGUUUGAACAUUGUGCUUCCUGCAGAGACAGAAAUGGAUGAUGAUUAAUACUUAUCAAUUAAAAUCUAAUCUUUUCCCAUGUGUAUUUAUAAGCUGAACUUCAACCUAUAAGGCAGUUCUGUGGCAGGAAUUAGAUAUUCCUUUUUUGGAGAGCACUGGGAUAUAGGCUGGGAUAUAUUGUUCACUCAUUUAUUAUGAGUACUGCGUUUGUGCCUAGAUUUUGCCUAGGCGUAGUAUAUAAACAUAGUCUUUGUACAGAGGCAUUUAUAAACAAUUAGCAUUAAAGGGACAAUUAUUUUUCUUCUUGUAGCAGCACUGAGUAGGGGGGGAGGGAUGGAGGAGAGAGGAAGCUGAAGGUUGUACAUGUUUUAUGACCAUAAUUAUAAUUAACUAUUUCAGAGAUUAAAAUUAAAUUAAAAUUUAAUUAUAAUUUGCUAGUUCAGAGAUUAAAACUGAUGAAAAAAGGCUCAAGGUUAUGAGCUACCUCUACGAGUUAUCCAGCUCUGUCUAAACAUAUAAAUAUAAAUCUUUUCUUCUUUUUUUUUAAUCUAGCCACUGUUUAAUAGACAGUGCCCACAGUGAGACAGGUGCUUUGCAGCCUUGAGACACCAGUGCUGCAUCACGAACUGAAUACUGGCCCAAGGGCCGUGGUAACAAAGAGCUCCAAUCCCACAGCCGCAUGCAGAGGAGCACUCCACUGAGAGCACUGCAUGCAGGGGCAGCCUGGAAGGCUGAACUCCAAACACAUAACGAGAGAGCAGAGGAAAGGCAGAAAUGAUUUCCAUCUUCAAACUCUGGUCAGCACCGUUGUUAAACACCACUUAAUUCGGAUAUGCAGUGUGAUAACCCUUGUUUGUAAGCGAUUGGCAGAAUAGAACAAUAAGUGAAGGAAGCCACUCACAAUCCAGGUGGAGAGUUUGAAGUGGGCAGGUGAUCUGGCUGGUUAGUUCUGAUUUAUGGUAAAGGCAUCUUUAUGCUUUUUGAAUUGCCUUCCAUCAGUCAUGUUAAACAAAACUGCAUUCUUGUCAGGCAGUUCAUCCCCUACACACAUGCACAUGCUAAUCACUCAUGUCAAACCAACAGCAAAUGCAUAUGAAGAAAGUACAGUGUGUGAUGCCUAUUACAAAAAUCUUUUUUGUUUUAAUAUACUGCAAACAAGCAUUUUAGUUUAGUAAACCCAUUAGCGAGACGUGUAGGUUUACAGCACUAAGUCAAUGUUUUCAGAGACUGAUUGUGACUGUUACAAGCCUGAGACUUUUUCUGGUUUAUGGCAAAAUUGCUUUUCACAAGUUGUCCCAGAAGAUCUUUGUUUAAAAAAAAAAUAUUUUGCAAAUGAAUUCUGUAACAGGGAGAGGUGUAGACUUAGGGGGAUGGAAGCUCGUGUGGGGGAAAUAAUCAACAGCACCUCCCCUUUUGUAUUUUUUGAUGUGACAUUCCUUACCACAAGGGAAAGAGGCGCUUCUGCAGCUUCCCUACCCCUGAGCCUCCUUCCAUCUCAGGGAGGUAUCACAAAGCCACUCACCACUCCAUCUCCAUUUUAUUUCUUGUCAUUUAUUAACACAACCAUACUGGUUUGAGAUCUCUGCCCAUCCCUUAGUAGAAAGCAUCCAAAGUGGUUGGAACAACUGGCGGAAAAAUAAUAAACAUUUUCAGCUGCAGUUGUUCAGCUUCUGGAUGAGUUGUUGUUUAUAAACAUCUUGUCUCAAACUGUCAAGAGGUGGAGCCAACAUCAUUGAGAGAUGAUAAAUUCUGACACGGUGCGCUGAGAUUUCGCUGCCACUGAAUGUAGGUUAAUAUGGGAUUCAAUGGGAAAUCUGGGUUGUCUAUUGCUAUGUAUUGCUGGAAACGAAGGAACUUGUCAUUUGUCUGCAGAUUGCUAAUUGCAGUUUAUUGCACAUGCAAAAGGUUAAUUUGGGUAUGUUAUCCCAGUAAUCACAUGCACUGUCUCAGAAUAAACUACACUCCUAUGCCUAUUGAUGCUCUGGCCUGUGGGAUUUGGGACAUUAUUUUUGUAAGAUUAUAGCAAAUAAGCAUUUUAGUAGGCAACUGUAUCCUUAAGGGUAAACAACUGGGAGAGAGUGAAAUUGCAAGUCUCUGGUAUGAAAUCCUUUUCCUUGACCCUUAAUUUAGUUAUUCCCCAAGAUGCAUGUAAUUUAUUCCUUGUGAUGAUACACUGAAAACAGAGGUCUCAUCUGUUCUAAGUGAAAAUUAUAUCCUAUUCGUAUUAUUGCUACUGCUUUGUAUUUAGAGUAGUAUUUAAAGGCCUCAGAUUAAUUCAUGACCUCUUCAUGCUAGGUGCGGUAUAUGUACACACAGUAAGCUCACUGCCCCAAAGACCUUACACUUUAAUUAAAUAAAGGUUGGAGGAAGGAAGUUUUAUUACCUCUGUCACAAAUGGGAAAUGAUAACAGAGAGAACCUAAAAGGACUGAGAAUUACACUCCUCCUGCAACGAGUCCUGUAUUGCCUGUAAUACAUCCUCCCUUCCUGCUUUUGUUAAGCUGCUGUAAAUUGGUAGGUAGAUGUUUGCUCUCUCCCCCAGAGAGGGAGUUUACUAUAAUGCUGCAUAUGUUUCAAGGUUUUAUGGAAUGAAAGGCAUUAUGUCGAUAGAUAAUGCUUUAAUUUAGAUCUGAUUAAGUUAUUCUGGAGAAAUACUUCUGUGGAGUAAGCAGAUCCAUAUGAAUCUUGUAUAACUGCUCAUUGCUAUAUGAGCACGCUAUUGCAUAGAUUCUGUGUUCCCAGGGGGGCUGCACUGUUGGUGCGUGCAUGUUUUAAGGCACACCAGUAUAACUUUUUUUAUUGUUAUUAUUAUUAUUCCCUGCAGUUUGCUCUUAAAUGUUUUCUAAAAUAGUAAAAAAGCAAUAGCCCUCAAGAUGUUGGAUCAUUCCACAGGAUUCAUGGGAGACUUGACACCAGUGCCCACUUAGUCUCCCAGAAAUGCAUCUCCUUCUCCCCCUGCUCCUGGCAAGUGUCAUGCUUAUUCUGAAAUGCAUUUUAAACAUUUUCAAUUUGACCUUCUGGCUUAACAUUAGAAAAAUAAAGCUAGAUCUGCAUGGAAUCUUGUUUUGAGAAUUUUUUUUCCUAUCUAGGAACAUAAACCUAAAGAUAACUUGGUUUCCUGUUUCCCCUUAGUCAGUACCUGAGUGUUCAGUACAGUGAUCUUGGGCAGAAGCACAAUCAGAGUUUAAGCAGAUGAGGCGGGGAGGGAGAAAAAAGGCUAUAACAUAAAUCAGGAGAAUAAACAAAACAAAGAACAGGGAAAAUCCAAGCACAACCCAACCACUCUCCUUGUAUCUUUGCAUUUCAGUAUUGAUGGCCUUUGCUGUUGGACUUCACCAACAGCAAUCCUCUACACUAACGUGUCUCUCCCUCAUCUCUGUCCUGUCCUGCCCCGUCUGGUAAAUGGGUACAGUUAUUUUCUGUCUCACAGAUUUUAGAGUCCUUGAGUUAAAAAGGCUGCAAAGCAGCAGACUUUUCAUUUGCAUUUUAUUUAAUAAUAAAGAGCAUUAAUUUUAUUGCUGUCAAAGGCUCUGUCCAUCUGCUUUUUCUCUGUUUAAAAAAAACGUUCAAUGUUGAAAAUAGUUAAGAGCCUUCUAGUUUCUUGAGUGCUCAGAAGUAAUCUCUCGUUUACUCCCUAUGGAAGUGGACUGUAAAUGUGUAAAAUAAGUAAUCUUUUAAAUAUUAAACCACUGAACUUCCUUGGCUGAUGGGACAAGCCAAGCACUUGGGAAAGCACAUCACCAGUGUAUACCCCUGCUAGCAAACAAUCCACUGGAGCUUUGUUAUAAAACAUGCAAACAUCCUGAGGAAGUGCCAGUAAUUUGCAAUAAACACUGUGUGUAAACAAUUACCUGUGACUUGUUACACUUGUUUGUACAGGCAGCUGGCUAAACAGAUCUGUGGGCACUUGUAAACGUCUGUGCCCUUCAAACUUGAUCCUGGAAAACAAUUACUGAGUAUUUGAUUUCUGAAGUAAGAAGUUAAAUCUUUUGUACCUCACAGCUGGCAAGGACUAAGUGUGGGUGCUCAUAGAGACAUGUACAAAAGCUGGAGAAGUAAAACGUGAUGGUGGCGUUUUUAUGAGAACGGUGAAGACACUUUCAUGUCUUGUCACCAGACUAAAGGAAGGUUUUCGUGACAAGGUACUUGAUGAAAAACUGGUUUUACUGGUUGAAGGGUCCUGUGGUGGCAGAGAGCUGAAAGCGGUUUGGUCACGCAAGGUCCAAGGAAGGGGCAAGGGUGAUUUAUUUUCUAGAGGUUUAACAAGAUGGAUGUAAGGAUUUGCUAGAGCAGUUAGGCGUGAUGAGCCCUCUCCCUUCGGACCCUGAAGCGUUGAUGCUGCUCGGUGAGGGAAGCCGGGGAGCGCAGGAUUUGCCACUCAUGCCACAGCCUGUAACCGACCGGGUCACCCCGCCCGAUCCUCACGCAGGGCAACCUGAAUCGCGGCGGCACCUCCGGGCUCCGGCUCCAGGUGCUGCCGCCGGGGCCUCGCUGCUGCCGGACCCCCAGGGAGGAGCAGGAGGCGCGGCCGCUGCCCUCCCGCUUCUCAGGGCACCGCGGCUCCCGUUGUGUGCCCCCUCCCGCUCCCCGCGGGGUGCGGCUCCCGUUGUCCCGCCGCGGGGGGAAGCCCAGGGCAGGGUCCCCGGGGCCGCGCAAGCUGAGGGAGCCGGGGCCGGGCCCCUCGGGUCCUGUCAGCGCCGGCCGCGCGCGCGCAGUGCGCGGGGCGGGGGAGGGGCGCGCAGGCGCAGGGCGCGCGCAGGCGGCGGGCGGGCCCGCGCGAGGGAGCCGCCGAGGGGGGUCUGCGCGCCCGGUGCAGCCGCCGACCCGCGGGGUCCGUGAGGGACCCUCCGGGGCGCGCAGCCCGCCCGGUGCCGGCCUCCGUAUGGGAGUGCGGAGGGCUCCGGUGCCGGCAGCGCGCUCGUCCCGAGGCAGGCGGCACACAAAGGACCGCGGUGUCCGCCCAUCUCGGCACACGCCCCCCUGCCAAACAAAAAAUAACCACCCGAAAGAGCCCAACACCCCCACCACCGCCGGGGCUGUGCCGGGAGCGGGCGGGGGAAGCAAUACACGGCCGGCGAGAAGACGGGCAGCACGGAGAGACCGGGGAAUCGCAACCGGGCGGCGGGGCCCGGUAUUGUUUCGGCACCCGACAACAAAGAGCGGAGCCGGGCCGGGGCGCGGGGAGGGAGGGGGGUCAGCGCCGGCCCCUCCGCGCCGCGCCCGGCCAAUGGCGGCGGCGCGGGGCUGUCAGCGAUCGCGGGUGCGCUGCGGGCCCCCCCCGCUCUCCCCGUCCCUCCGCCCUCCGCCCGCCUCUCCGGAGCCGUCUGGCUGCAGCAGCGCCUCAGACAGAGGAGGGGAGAGGAGGGAAAAAAAACGCUGAGUGAGUGGAGUGGAGCCUGGGAGGGGCUCCUUAAAGAAACGCUGCCGUCGCUUGGCAUUGUGGCCGGCGAGGAACUCGAGGGGGGGAAGCCAUCGGAGCUCCUCUCGCUAUCCUCUUCCCAACCCCCCACCCCACCCCCAGCCGACAAAAAAAAAAAAAAAAAAAAAAAAAAAAAACCAACCCAAAAAAAAAAAACCUCCGGGGGGGGAGCCGUGGGGGGGGUCCUGAGAACAUCUUAUAAACCGGAUUGCACUGAGCGGAGGGAAAAAAAAAAGGCAAAAAAAAAGAUACAAAAUAUACAAGCAAAAGGCAACAACUCCCCGGUCUCCAGCAGUCGCCCACCCUCCCUUCCCUUCUCUCCUGCUGGCCAUCUGCCUUGGGUUUUCCUUUGUGUCUGAUCUUUUACUACUGAGCCGAGCGCAGGAGGAGGGUGCAGCGCUCGCAGGGACUAUGCCCAGCUCGCUUUUCGCAGACAUGGAGAGGAACGGGAGCGGCGGCGGCGGCGGCGGUGGUGGCGGUGGCGGGGGAGAGACCCUGGAUGACCAAAGAGCCCUCCAGAUCGCCCUGGAUCAGCUCUCCCUGCUGGGGCUGGACAACGACGAGACGGGCUCCAUUUACGACAGCGAGCCUCGGAAAAAGAGCGUGAACAUGACCGAGUGCGUCCCGGUGCCCAGCUCGGAGCAUGUCGCGGAGAUAGUGGGGAGACAAGGUUGUAAAAUCAAAGCUCUGCGGGCAAAGACCAACACCUACAUCAAGACCCCGGUUCGCGGGGAGGAGCCGCUCUUUGUUGUGACGGGCAGAAAGGAAGAUGUGGCCAUGGCCCGCAGGGAGAUCAUCUCAGCGGCCGAGCACUUCUCCAUGAUCCGAGCAUCACGGAACAAGAAUACAGCCCUGAACGGCACUGUCCCCGGCCCCCCGAACCUGCCCGGCCAAACCACCAUCCAGGUGCGGGUGCCUUAUCGCGUGGUGGGCUUGGUUGUGGGGCCCAAGGGGGCCACCAUCAAGCGCAUCCAGCAGCAGACGCACACCUACAUUGUGACCCCGAGCCGGGACAAGGAGCCAGUCUUUGAGGUGACAGGCAUGCCCGAGAAUGUGGACCGGGCCCGGGAGGAGAU